AUGACCCCAUUUUUCAAGCGACUCGCUUCAAAAUUUAGGAGAAAAGUUAUGACCACUUUCACGUUUGUGCAAGCAUCCGAAAAAGAUGAAGAGAAAGUUCUUGAGUUUCUCUUCGCACAAUUUGCCGUCAGCGAUCCAAUUUCGAAAUCAAUAAAGUUAACGAAAGGCGAUGCGAUUGAAUUGUUUUGCGAUUACGCUAGAUUAGGCACAAACAAAUAUUCUACACUAAUAUACGACGAUCGCGAACGACUGGCAGGUAUAUGCUUGUGCUCAAUGAUUGAGGCGAACACCGACGAUACUUUAGUGAAAGCACAAAUCGACUUCGAAAAUCACGAUUGUGCCGAAGAAAUAAAAAAUGGUCCCUACAAAGAGCAUAAGGCAAAUGCAAUCAAAGUCCUUGCGGAUGCUCUAGAAGACAGUCUUUUGCGAAUAAUUGGAAAACACAAGAAAAUGCUGAAAAUUGACAUACUGUGCAUUCAUAAAGACUAUGUGGGAAAAGGACUAGGAAAAGAACUGGUUCGACGAUCCGUGGAAACAGCACAGGCGGAAGGCUGUGAAUGGGUGGUAACAGCUGCAAUGGCAACUGUAUCUCAGAACUUAUUUGCGAAGGCAGGAUUCCGAGUGCUCUACGAGGUCCCUUAUGCAAACUAUCGCGAAAAUGGCAACCAAGUAUUCCAUGAUCUCUAUGAUGGUUGCAUUACAGGAAAAGCGAUGGCGAUCAAACUUAUGUAGCAGAAGCUAUGAUUCUGUGAUUGCAAUUGUUUUGUGUUCACUGUAC